CCGUGCGGGACAGGGAGAGGGGGCUCGCUGGCGGCUCCCACGAGCGUCGAGGUUGCGCCCUUUCGCUCUCGGCCGGCGGCGCGGUGCUUUCCGGCUGCCGUAAAGCGCGGCGCUGAGCCAGCGGGCGGGGGCCGAGGGGCGGCCAUGGCGGCGGCGGGCCGGCUGCCGAGCUGCUGGGUGCUGUUGGUUCCGCUGCUUCGGGGGCUCGCGCUGCUGGGAGUCGGGCCGGUCCCGGCUCGGGCGCUGCACAACGUCACGGCCGAACUCUUUGGGGCCGAGGCCUGGGGCACCCUGGCGGCCUUCGGAGACCUCAACUCCGACAAGCAGACGGACCUCUUCGUGCUGCGGGAAAGAAAUGAUUUAAUCGUCUUUUUGGCAGACCAGAACGCACCCUAUUUUAAACCCAAAGUAAAGAUAUCCUUGAAGAAUCACAGUGCAUUGAUAACAAGUGUCGUCCCCGGGGAUUAUGACGGAGAUUCACAAAUGGAUGUGCUUCUUACGUACCUUCCCCAAAAUCAUGGCCACGGUGAAUUAGGAGCUGUUAUCUUCUGGGGACAAAAUCAGACAUUAGACCCUCACAAUAUGACCAUACUUAAUAGGACUUUUCAAGAUGAACCGCUAAUUAUGGACUUCAAUGGUGAUUUAAUUCCUGAUGUAUUUGGUAUCACAAAUGAAUCCAUCCAGCCACAGAUACUGUUAGGAGGGAAUUUAUCAUGGCAUCCUGCAUUGACCACUAAAAGUAAAAUGCGAAUUCCACAUUCUCAUGCAUUUAUUGACCUGACUGAAGAUUUUACAGCAGAUUUAUUACUCACGACAUUGUCACCCUCUAAUACCUACCAGUUUGAGAUAUGGGAAAAUUUGGAUGGCAAUUUCUCUUUCAAGACUGUAUUUGAAAAACCUCAGAAUAUGAUGGUGGUUGGACAGUCGGCAUUUGCAGACUUUGAUGGGGACGGACGCAUGGAUCACUUACUCCCAGGCUGUGAGGAUAAAAACUGCCAGAAAAGCUCCAUUUACCUCAUGAGAUCCGGGACAAAGCAGUGGGUUCCAGUCCUACAGGAUUUCAGCAACAAGGGCACCGUCUGGGGCUUUGUGCCAUUUGUGCCUGAACCGCGGCCAACUGAAAUACCCAUUCCCAUUACCCUGCACAUUGGAGACUACAACAUGGAUGGCUAUCCAGAUGCUCUUGCCAUAUUGAAGAAUACAUCUGGAAGCAAUCAGCAGGCCUUUUUACUGGAGAAUGUCCCUUGUAAUAAUGCAAGCUGUGAGGGGGCACAUCGUAUGUUUAAAGUCUAUUGGGAGCUGAUGGACCUAAAUCAAAUCAGAGAUGCCAUGGUUGCGACCUUCUUUGACAUUUACGAAGAUGGGAUCUUGGACAUUAUGGUACUAAGUAAAGGAUAUACAAAGAACGAUUUUGCCAUCCAUGCACUGAAAAAUAACUUUGAAGCAGAUGCUUAUUUUGUGAAAGUCAUUGUUCUUAGUGGCCUCUGUUCUAAUGACUGCCCUCGAAAGAUAACACCCUUUGGAGUAAAUCAGCCUGGACCUUAUAUCAUGUAUACAACUGUAGAUGCAAAUGGAUAUCUGAAAAAUGGUUCAGCUGGACAGCUCAGCCAGUCGGCACAUUUAGCGCUCCAGCUGCCAUACAAUGUACUUGGUUUGGGUCGAAGUGCAAAUUUUCUGGAUCAUCUUUAUGUUGGUAUUCCGCGUCCAUCUGGAGAGAAGUCUGUACGAAAACAAGAGUGGACUGCAAUCAUUCCAAAUUCCCAGUUAAUUGUCAUUCCAUAUCCCCACAAUGUUCCUCGAAGCUGGAGUGCCAAACUGUAUCUUACACCAAGUAACAUUGUCCUGCUGACUGCCAUAGCUCUCAUUGGUGUCUGUGUUUUCAUCUUGGCAAUAAUUGGCAUUUUACAUUGGCAGGAAAAGAAAGCAGAUGAUAGAGAAAAACGACAAGAAGCCCAUCGGUUUCAUUUUGAUGCCAUGUGACCUGCAUUUAAUAUGACAUAAUGGAACAGCUAUUCACCUGAUUAACUGAAAUACUAAGUUUGGCUUUUGAAUAUUAUUUAUAAAUGGUGCAUCCCUUGGUAAUUAUUGGAAAGUAUUCAAAUAAAUAUGAUCUGACUCCGUUCUUUUUUUAAAGCACUUUGUAUACAGUAAUCUGGGUUCUUUCUUCACUUGUGCUGUGCAUUUUUGUUCCUUUGUGGAAUGUGUUGCAUGUACUCAGGUGUUUAUGUAUUUAUAAUCUUAGAAGAAUAAUGAUGAUGAAAAAAGACAUGUGUAAAUAAAAAUCUUUAAAUGAGCAGGGGUUUUUAUGUUCCAUUUGA